UCUCAGAAGAGGAGAGGACGGAGAGACACCACGCUGCUCGACAAACAUGCAGAUACUCGGGGUCCCGUGUUUGUUGUUUUGGCUCAUUUUGGGCCACUCCGGGGCGCGCGGCGGAAAAGUCAACAAGCACAAGCCAUGGAUAGAAACAUCUUACCACGGUGUGAUCACAGAGAACAUGGACACGGUGCUGCUGGACCCUCCGCUGGUCGCCCUCGACAAGGACGCCCCGGUCCCCUACGCUGGGGCGAUUUGUGCCUUUAAGAUCUACGGUCAGGAUGCUCCAUUCGAGGCGGUGGUGUUGAAUCGCACAUCGGGAGAGGGAGUGCUGCGGGCCAGUCGCCCCGUGGACUGUGAGAGCCAGAAAGAGUACACCUUCAUAAUCCAGGCCUACGACUGUGGGGCCGGACCCAGCGGGGCCGACUGGAAGAAAUCCCACAAGGCGGUGGUUCACAUCCAGGUGGAUGAUGUCAAUGAGUUCUGCCCCGUGUUUCGGGAGCAACUUUACAAGGCUUCGGUAACAGAGGGCAAGAUCUACGACAGCAUUCUGCAGGUGGAAGCUUGGGACCAAGACUGUUCACCACAGUACAGCCAGAUCUGCAACUAUGAGAUCGUUACUGCAGGGACGCCAUUUGCAAUAGACCGCAAUGGAAACAUCCGAAACACAGAGCGGCUGAGCUAUGACAAGCAGCAGAGCUACCAGAUUAUGGUGACGGCCUUCGACUGUGGUCAGAAGAGAGCAAAGGAGGAUGUGGCUGUGCAUAUUGAUGUCAAGCCUGUCUGCAAGCCCGGAUGGCAAGGUUGGAACAAGCAGGUGGACUAUGAGCCAGGGACUGGAAGCAGGCAGCUGUUUCCCAAGAUUCACAUAGAGACGUGUGGAGGUCCUCUGUCUAGCGUGAAGGCGAUGUUAGAGCUUCAGACCAAUCACAUCGGGAAGGGCUGUGAUCGGGAAACAUACACUGAGAAGUCUCUGCAAAAACUCUGUGGUGCAGCAUCCGGCAGCACCGACCUCCUCCCUGCCCCCGGCCCUUCCACAAACUGGACGGCCUCUCUGCUGACUGACAGUAGCCGCGACAGCGACCUCAUGUACAGAUUCGACGGCCAUCAGGCGGCUAAUGUUCCAGAUCACGUGGUGCCCCAAAACCUGACCAACCAGUUCACCAUAGCAACUUGGAUGAAACACGGGCCCAGUCCAGGACUCAGAGCUGAGAAGGAAACCUUACUGUGUAACUCUGACAAGACGGAAAUGAACCGCCACCAUUACUCGCUGUAUGUCCACAACUGCCGCCUGGUGUUCCUGCUCAGAAGAGAUUUCACUCAAGUCGACACUAUCCGACCUGCCGAGUUCCACUGGAAACUGGAGCAGAUCUGUGACAAGGAAUGGCACUAUUAUGUGAUCAAUACAGAGUUUCCUGCAGUCACACUAUUUGUGGAUGGGGUGACCUAUGAACCCUACCUGGUGACCGAUGACUGGCCGAUCCACACCGCAAAGAUUGAUACCCAGUUGACUGUUGGAGCCUGCUGGCAAGGUGGUGAGGUAGGGACCCCGAGGUUCACCCAGUAUUUCCACGGCAGCCUGUCAGGUCUGACAAUCCGACCGGGCCGCAUCGAAACCCAGAAGGUUAUUUCCUGUUUGCAGGCCUGCAAAGAAGGUCUUGAUAUCAACUCCCUUGAAAGCCUCGCUAAGGACAUUAAGUUUCAUUUUAACCCCGCCCAGUCUGUGCUGGUGGUGGAAGGAGAAGAUCUAGACAGCAUCAACACAGCCAUGUCAAAAGUCUCCUACAUUAACUCUCGCCAGUUCCCUACGCCAGGCCUCCGGCGGCUUCACAUCACCACCAGCGUACAGUGUUUCGGUGAGGACACGUGUCUCUCCAUCCCGGACGUCAAGUCAGUGGUUAUGGUUCUGCCGCCCAGUGAACCGAGAAUCACCAUUGCCGGAUCUAAUCGACUCGUCAGGCCUGUCAAUGACCUGCGGGGCCCGCUGGGCGUGGCAGCCUUCAAAGAGCUUCACAUCACCAGCACAGUCAUGAAGGGAGACAGCUUUGGCGGAUCCCACAGACACGGUGUGAUGGAGGCCAUGCAUAACCUGGACUACUGUGACGUGCUGGUCAUUGGGGAAGAACUGAAUCCUGAGAGAGAGAGUUUGGAGAUUCAUCACAAUGCCUUGUUAGGAAAACACCUGGACGCCACCAACUCCUCCUCUGGAAUAUCAAUAUAUGGUGUGGACUCCAUGGCCCACUAUGAGCAGGCUCUGAGACAGGUGCGCUACAGGAACUGGAGACCAGCUCCCCUGAGUGAGAGGAAGUUCAGACUCACCUGCUCCGAGCUCAACGGACGUUACACCAGCAAUGAGUUCAAUUUGGAGGUUAGUGUUCUUCACCACUCGGCUCCUGUGGAACAUGUCAACCAUAUGGCGGCCCAGCCUCAGUACAUGAGCCCCGUCCACCACCCGCUCAUGAUGCACACGCUCAACUCGCACACGGCAGGAGCAGCGCCGCCAGCAGCCACAGUGGUUAUUGUGGUCUGUAUCGUGGUGCUGGUGUUGAUCGUGGUCAUUGGCGUGUACAGGAUCCACGCCACACACCAGGAGGGGUCCAGAGGAUAUGAGGAGGAGGUCAAAGAGCCUGAGGAAGACUGGGACAACUCUGCACUCAACAUCAUUGUCAACCCCAUGGAGAACGUAGGAGGAGCGCAGUCGCACGACGAGGAGGUAGAAGAAGAAGAGCGUGAGGAGGAGGAAGAAGAAGAGGAUGAGGAACAGGUGGGAGGAAUGACAAGUGCCGAGUCAGACAACAGUGAUGCAGAUGAAGAGGAUGGAGAAGAAGAGAAAGAAGGGAUGAAAGAGAGGAAGCAGAAGGAACAACUAGAGGGGCACAGUUUCUCCACAAAAUAUUGACAACAUAUACAUCAAUAUAGAUCUGCUCAUACUAACACACUCUUUACAUAAUACUCUCUCUCUUUCUCUCUCUCUCUCUCUCUCUCUCUCUCUCUCAUGCUCGCUACAAGUAGGGCCGAAAUACACACACACACACACACACACACACAGACACACACACAACAAAGAAAACAGAAUCUCUGAUCAAAUUAUUUACAAUCUGUUGCUGGAAAAAAAUAAUUUAAUCUUCCCACGUUUCUGUUUUUAAUGACACAUCUCCCUCUGCCGGACAAAGUCAGAACUACAGAAUCAACUGCAGUCCCACACUGCUGUGAAACAUUGUCUGAGCAUAUGUUUAUUAUUAUUCAUAUCUCAGUCAAUGAAGCUAAAUAUAAGACCAAUAUCAAACAGGCACAGUCUUCUCAUUACAUGUGCACACGUAUGUGAGUAUAGUGACACAAAUUAUCUCAAAUUCAAUAACGUUGGCUUUUAUCCAAACAUUUAAUAUGUGCAAGUAGAUUACCAAUUACCUUCGUGUUUUUUAUGUUUUAAACAGAUUGUUUGCAAGAAUUAUUAGCAGAUUCAUCAGCCACAUGUAUCCAUAAACAUAUUUAUGUGUUAUGUAUCCAUACACUUUUAAAAUAUAAUUCCAUUGGCCUAUAUAGUAGGUAAAACAAAGCCGUAUCGUCACUCUGUGUAUAUAUCCUCUGUUGCUAUAUGUAACUCCAAUCUCUCCCUCUGUGUGAUCAGUGCUAAGUUCUGUGGCCUGGACACUAAAGAGAAACCACAUCCUGGAUAUGCUGAAUAUUAACAUUACAUAUUCAUCCUUAUUUAUAUACAAAGAAGCAUUAUUCACUUUGAAAAUCUUACACCUUCACUUUCUCAAAAGUAUUUGAAAGCUACAAUUAUCUCUUCUCCUUCAGCCGAUGAGCUGAUGGAUGAAGUUAGUUGGAGUUCAAAUACUUGUUUGUUAGUUUGCAUCUGCCUGUGCACCAAAUCCAUCAAUACUGUGGCCUAUUGUAGCUUCUACUGUUUAGGCUUAGAUCCGUUCUCUUUCUUUGUUCAGAAGAACACAAUAAUAUACAGAGAUGUUACUCUAUGCUACUGAUGUGCUGUCGUUCUGUGUUUUUAAUUCCAGAGUAAAAGGAGCCCUCUAUGCAAUUAUGGGCCCAGUAUAAAGGACCAGUACACAGACACAUGGGUACUCCAGCGAUUUAGAACUGCACGUGCGUAAUGUUGGGGGACUUGCAUGAGGCACAUUUGGGGAAAAAGGUCAAAAUUGCAACAGAGACAGUUUAGCAACUGAGUCGCAUCUCUUCUCCUGCUUGGCAAAUGCACAAGAGCUGGUUUCACAAACAUUUUACACAACUUAAUACCAACUUUAACUGUGUGCUUUAGAUCAAGAUAACUUAGAUAGAUGUCCAAAUUGAUCCAUUGCCUGAAUUAAAUAAUAUUGAGUAUCUUAAAUAUGACUAAUUUGCUAUGGAUUCCACAUGUGUCCCGACUUAGCCUGGAAAUAAGGUGGCGACAGUAAAAUAAAUCUGUGUUUAUUUUCACGAAAACUGAAUGAGACUAAUCUUAGAGUAAUAUACGAUCGACUCCUCUGUAAAGUGUCUUCAUGAAACCAGGAUAAAAGUGUGUCACGUGUCCAAGUUAAAUAACCCUGAUCCAUCAUCAAGAUAUUACGAUGUACAAAGUUUGAUUUCAUAAGUUUGUCUACGUUCAAAUGAUCGAGGAGUAACUCGUUUGACCGUUUUUACUGAGAGAAGCCCUUCUGGCGCGCUGGUGUCUCCAUGGUGUCAGUGGCUGUUGGUCCUCUGAGCUCUUUAACUGAUCCGUCUCCUGUUCACCUGUCCCCCCCCCCCCCCUCCCCUGUUGGCCUUGAAGCACCUGUGAUUGUGAUGUCAUCAUUGUGAAACAAUUGCCUUGUUUCCCUCCGCGCCCUUUGUCAUAUUGUGUUUUGAAAGAUCCAAGUGAAAAAGAUUCUUUUACAUAUAAAAAACAAACCCUGUAAAAAUGUUCAAGACAGUUAUUUUAUAUAUCUGUUUCUUUUUCUUUUUGUAAACAAAAUGGUUGGGAUUUCUCUCUUUAGUGGUCAUCCCACUGCUUUCUGGAUAUUGACCAAUAAAGACUUGUUUUAGACUCUU